UGUAAAAGAAAAAAUAUCCUAAAUAAUUAUUAAAAAUUUACAUGUUAACUACAUAUAUAUAUAUAUAUAUAUGUAUAUAUAUGUAUACAUAUAUAUAUAUAUAUAUAUAUGUAGAUAAUUUAGAUUUGUUUCCAACAUUUACAAACACAUAUAUGUUAAUAUUUUUAAAUUUUACGGAGUAUUUACUAUAAAUGCAAUAUUUAAAACAUUAUAACGGAUUGUGGGCGCCAAUGAUGAAAGGUCAAUCCUGUUGGUGCAACUUGGACCAAUCAUAUAAGACCACGAUUGCAAUGGCGGCGUGGCUGAACAGUUUUGUGAUAUCGGGUGGUUAGAUAGAGGCUUCUAAAGCCAGCAACUUUGUUUUCUUAUGUAUUGAAAUAUUCAUAUUAUCGUGGCUCACUCUUUUUAUUCAGUCAUGUAUCAUUGUGGUUUAUUAUUGGUCUUAUUGGAUCUGUCUUUAGAUGUGGUUGGAAGUGUUUCUCAAUUAGAAAUUGACAGGCAUUUGGAAUUAGGUAGAGAAUUUUUAGCAAAAGGACAAUUACAGGAUGCACUGUCACAUUAUCAUGCAGCUGUUGAGGGAGAUCCAAAUAACUAUUUGACAUAUUAUAAAAGGGGCACAGUAUAUCUAGCAUUAGGUAAAGCUAAAUUUGCACUUCUUGAUCUUGAUAGAGUUUUGGAAUUGAAACCAGAUUUUACUUCUGCAAGAUUACAACGUGGUAAUGUAUUACUUAAACAAGCUCAAUUUGAAAAAGCAGAAGCAGAUUUUCGAGAUGUGUUAGCAAUUGAACCACAAAAUUCAGAUGCCUAUAAUGCCUUAUAUAAAAUAGCACCUGCCCAAGAAGAUUUAUUAGUUGUAGACAGAUUAAAAAUGAAUGGUGAUUAUGCAGCAGCUGUGCAUCAAAUUACUAGAGUUAUUGAAAUAUGUCCAUGGUCAGCUGAACUUAGACAACAUAGAGCUGAAUUAUAUGAAGUACUUGAAGAUUAUAUUAGUGCUAUUUCUGAUGUACGUUCUACAACCAAAUUACAAUCUGACAAUACACAAGGAUUUUUAAAAUUAGCUACUUUGCAUUAUCGUCUUGGACAAGUUGAAGAAUCAUUAAAGGAGAUUCGAGAAUGUUUGAAACUUGAUCCAGAACAUUCAAAAUGUUUUUCAUUUUACAAAAAAGUUAAAAAGGUAGCAAAAUUAUUAAUAUCUGCAACAGAAUAUGAAGAUAAAAGAGAUUAUACUAAUUGUAUAGAUUCAGCCUUGCCUAUACUUAAACUUGAACCACAAGUAAUCAAUGUACGUUUCCUUGCUCAUCAGCAUCUCUGUAAAUGUUAUACUAGUAAUCAGGAACCAACUCAGGCAAUUAAAAAUUGUCAUGAAGCAUUAAAAAUAAGAAAAGAAGCUGCAGUAUAUUGUGAUAGAGCAGAAGCUUAUCUUGCUGCUGAAAUGUUUGAUGAUGCUAUUAGAGAUUUUAAAGAGGCUUUAGAAAUUGAUAUGAGUCUACAAAGAGCAAAACAAGGUCUUCAUAAAGCGCAACAACGACAAAAACUUUCUGAAUCUCGAGAUUAUUAUAAAAUUUUGGGUGUGCCAAGAACAGCAUCUAAACGUGAUAUUAUCAAAGCAUACAGAAAAGCUGCACAAAAGUGGCAUCCUGAUAAUUUUCAAGAAGGAGAAGAAAAGAAACUGGCAGAAAAAAGAUUUAUUGAUAUUGCAGCUGCCAAAGAAGUAUUAACUGAUGAUGAAAAAAGAGCAAAAUUUGACCAAGGAGAAGAUCCAUUAGAUCCUGAAUCAGGAAAACAUCAACAAGGAUUUAAUCCCUAUCAAGAAUUUCAUCACUUCCAUGGAUCUCCCUUCCAAUUUAAAUUCCAUUUUAAUUAGUUAUUUUUUUCAUUUUUUAUGGUUCUAGCUCAAAUAAAAUUCGUGAUUUCAUAACGUCGUUAUGUAUACGACACAACUUUUGCUAUUUUAGAUAAAAUUUCAUUUUGCUAAUCUACCUCGUCGGUAGUUAUAUGUUUUGCAUCUGCAUGGAAUCAGAAGACUGUAUGUGAAAAAUUAUUAAUCGGUCAGUAAGUCAAAAAAGUGACAAUUAAUUAAAACAAAUUAUAAAAUAUGAUUAAAUUUUUAUCUGAAUCAUAUAUAAAUUAUCUUACUAUCAUUUCUCAUAACUUGUUAUUGAAAUUAAACAUAUACAUAAUGUAAAUAAUGCAUGCACAUAAUUUAAUUCGUUAUUCAUAAUUUAUAAUAUAUGAAUUUUUAUAA